AUGUACCUAUUUCCGCGUAUUUCAGCGCGUUCUCAACUUUUUGUUUUUGCCCAGAUUGACCGCCAGAAAGCAGUCACUGAAAGCAAUAGCGCCGCCGUCGUUGAGGCAGAUGACAGGGUGGCAACGCAUCCUGCCGACCAGCUCUCUUCCUCGUCCUGUGAAUCGCUGUCUUCUCUCUCGAGCAAGUCCCCUCCUCGCAAGUGGGAACCAACGGAGUCGGUCGAGGCUACAGAGGACGAUCGGGCCUUAGAAGCAUCACUAAGAUGGGCGGAGCUCCAGGCAGCCCUGGAGGCCUUCAAAGCUCGACAUCCUACGCCUCUGCAAAAUGUAACCGCGUCCACACAAGACUUAGAAGCCUUUUCACGGGAGCUGCUAUGCCAUUAUACAAACGAGCUUGAGGCUCAGAUAAACACUGCGUCGGAGCAAUUGGUCGCUUCCUUGGCUGAACGCGAAGAACUCCGCCUCUUUCGUGAAGCCCUUGAUGACUUCAUAAUCCUCCACAAUGCUGUCCAGCUCCGACGAAGGCAGGCUGCCGAGGCCGUGUUAGCUAACGCCACUCGCUUCACGUCGGUCCAUCUUAGCCACCAACAGCCGACCAUGUACAGACGGACACCGCAUUCCUACGCGGCUGGAAGCCUAAUCGAAUUGGCCGACUUUUCAGGGAAAAAGAGCACCCCCUUAUCGGGCAGUGCAGUUUCACUUAACCUUCACUCCCAGGAGGGAACUCGUAUGCCACGUGGUCACCACCUCGGUGAUCCAAUCGAGUUUCCGGGCCUGCGAUCAGCCCUUAGUCGUCUCUCCGGUUUGCGUUUCGGUCAGCCUGCGGGGCUGAGAAUUGCAGACGACGAGGUCAAAUUCGCCGCGCGUGUUGUUGCCGACGUUGACAAAUAUCGCAGUCAAGUGACUGAUUCUCGUGUCACAAAGAGGCUGGCCAGUGUCGCGCGGGAACGCGGCAGCAAAUUGCCCUCGCUCAGCCUGCCCUGGCCCAUGGGGCGACCUGAGUGCAGCCAGGUGCGUCUCUGCGCUUAUUUGUGUUUGCAGUGCCUCUUCUCUCCAUCUGACAUUGUCUAUGUAUUCACAGAGUCACCUACAUUGAAUAAGCUAUUGAAUGAACUUAUGCAAUUCGAUCCCAAGGCUGAAGCUGAACGUUUUCAGUUAGCUUCAAAGUAUUUUUCGGCCAGUGGCCUCGAUUCAACUCGGGCUAGUUCAUUGAGCUAUUUGUAUGCCUCAUGUGAUACUGUCGGAUGUGCUGCUUCUGCCAGUGGAAGCGGCCACGACGCUAAGGAGGCCGCCCCAAAGAAAACGGUAACUUUUAACUGGCAUGGUACAAAGGAGCCUUUCAAGGCUCUUGCUGCCGAGCGAAACGGUGACGUGUCUCACCACCUUCCUCCACCUCAUAAUUUCCGUGUAUGCGCGGAUUAA